AUGAAGGUCCUUUCACCCCGAGAUUUGAACUAUCCCGUCACCGUCGUCGAUCUCCUCAAGAAGCGCGAUGAAGAUGUCCAGCGGUCUGGGAAGCUGUUCAACUACAGCUAUGACAGUCGCGUCACCGAGGGCGACAAGUGGGGAGGCGAGAAGACGGUCAUGAAGAAGUUUAGGCAGACAUUUGCUGCGAGCACCGAGGGAAAGAUCACGCGAUGGUUCAUCAAGCCGGGCACUAUCAUUGAGAGACAUGGAACACCACUUCUUGAAAUUGAAGAGCCCUGCACUCACGAAACACAAUUCGGUGGCCUCUGCGUCGACUGCGGCAAAGACAUGACGCAAGUUGACUAUCUCACCAAGGAGCUCGGCACAGGACGCGCGACGGUGAACAUGGCGCACGACAACACUGCGCUCCUCGUCAGCCACAAAGAGGCGGUAGCUGCGGAGGAAGACGCGAAGAAGCGACUCUUGAGCGCGCGAAAGCUGACCUUGAUUGUUGACUUGGACCAGACCGUCAUCCACACUACCUGCGAGCGCACCAUUGCCGACUGGAAGAACGACCCGGAGAACCCAAACCACGAUGCCGUCAAAGAUGUCGAGGGUUUCCAAUUGGCCGAUGACAAUGUUUCCAAUGUGGCCGCAAACUGGUACUAUGUCAAGAUGCGCCCAGGUCUCAAGGACUUCUUCGAUCGCGUCUCAAAGCUCUAUGAGAUGCACGUCUAUACCAUGGCCACCCGAGCCUAUGCGCAAGCUGUCGCAAAGAUCAUCGAUCCCGAGCGCAAAUACUUUGGCGACCGCAUCCUCAGUCGCGACGAAAACUACACCGACAAGCUGAAGAGCCUGACGCGGCUCUUCUACCAGAACACAGCAAUGUGUGUCAUCAUUGACGACAGAGCAGACGUCUGGCAAUACAGCCCCCACCUCGUCCGCGUACCCGUAUUCAACUUCUUCCCCGGCGCUGGCGACAUCAACGCGAGCUUCCUGCCUAAGCAGCAGGAGCUGGUUACAUUCGCAAAAGACAAAUCACCCCCGACGCCCAAAAAGGCUACGGCUGAAGCUGCGCCUACGAACAUUGUGUCUGUGGCAGGCAAACCGCUGGAAACAACCCCGAUCGACGCUGCGAAUGGUGACCUGAAUGAGCUGGGACAGCAACUUAUAUCCUUGGCUGCAACCGAAGACCUGGAGGAGCAGGCCAAGGAGCAAGAAAAGCUCAUCAUUGCGCAACAAACCGAGCGGCCUCUGUUGCAGCAACAGCUAAUGCAAGAUAAAGAGGAUGAAGAGGCCGACGAUACUGAGUCGCUCAUCGAGGACUCCCGGCAGAUUGAGCAUCCAAAGGCACGACAUAGUAUCCUCAACAAUGACGACAGAGGACUUGAUGUCAUUGAACAGAACCUCAACCUUGUUCACCGCACAUUUUACGACGAAUACAGGAAAGCCAGAGGAAAGGCGCCUGCAGAUGGUCGCGUCGCCGCAUUGAAAGGCGAAAAGAGCCCCAAGAAACGCUCUAUGGAAGACUUCAUCCCCGACGUUGCCGAGAUAAUGCCUCGGAUCAAGAACGAGGUGCUCGACGGUGCCGUGGUCGUCUUCUCUGGGAUCAUACCGCUUGGUGUAGACGUCCUAACAUCCGAUUUCGCCCUCUGGAUCUCCUCCUUCGGCGCUGAAGUAACGUUGAACGUAACCCGCCGUACCACACACGUCAUCGCCAAUCCUGACCGCAAGACCACAAAAGUAAAGCGCGCAGCCCGGUAUCCCCACAUAAAGAUUGUCAAUCCGGAAUGGAUGUUCCAGUGCUGUACCCGAUGGGAGCAUGUAGACGAGACGCCUUAUAUCAUCGAGACAGAAGCAGCAGGGUCACCCGUCGCUGACCUCGAAGACGAGAGUAUUGAUGGUACGGGUGACGAAGCACCAGACGAUGUACCACACUCACCGAUUGUCGAAAUGUCAAAUGACGACUGGGCGCAACUAGACGAUGAAUUGGCUGAUUUCAUGAACGCGACGGAUUCAGAGGCCAGCGAAUCAGAUACUGAUAGCGUUCGGUCAGAAAAUAGCACUGCCUCUACAGGAACCGAGUCGAGACAGAAUGGCGGAAAGAAGAAGCGGAAACGCACUAGCACCAAUUCGACGGAAGGAAGUGAAGCCGAAAAUGAUGGGGAAAGCGAUAGGAGCGAUAGCAGUGUCAACAGCACGACGUCGCGGCUGCAACGGCGGAAGAAGAGGACGAUGGAGAGGGUGACUAGCCUGACCAACGUCGUUCUUGCAGAGAGCAAGUCAUCCGGGUUGCCUAGUCCGGAGACGACGGGGCCGGAGGAGGAUAUGGGAGAUGAGGCAAACGAUGCGGAGGAGAAGAUAAAUGGGGUCGAAGGCAUGGAUGGUGCGGCGCCAGAUCUCCAAGACGACUAUGAUGAUGGUCUUGAAGCGGAGCUAUUGGCUGGUUUUGGGGACAGUGACGAGGAGUAG